GCGACCAUGAAAACAGGCGGAAUGACAUCAGAUCAUGGCUCUUAAAAAGGCAUGACUAUAUCAGAUGUUUUAUAUGCCAGUCUUUUUCGGUAGCAAUGAAAUUAUAUAUUGGUAAUCGAAGGUGAUAUCGAUAUUAGGAGUGAUGACAGGACUUAAAACCCUCCUCAGGCUGGAGCGUGUCCUCUGCUGUGGUGGGGUGAUGAGCCAGCUGUGUGCACUGCGCUGUGAGGGAGUGCGCCUGGCACACUGGAGGGCGGCUGGCUCGCACUGCGUCAACCCCCUGUCCUCAACAGUCUGGCCCUGCACACCACCGACCACUUACCAGCUUACCCGGUUCAUGGCCACCAAGCAUGGUAAAAUCUCUGGGAAAGUUCCGAAGCCCAAACCAAAGCAAGAGAAACAGGAAGUGGAGAUCAAGCAGCGAAUGACAGUGUCUGAGCUGGCUCAAGCCAUGAAACGAGAUACAGAUCAUGUUUAUGAGGCCUUGCUCAAUACCUCCUUCGACUUGGAUUCUCUUGAGCCUGAGACCAUGCUAGAGGAAGACUGGAUCAAGGAGAUUGUGAAGAGGUCUGGGAUGAAAUUUAAGUGGGCCAAACUGACAGAGGACAAAGUGAGGGAGAACAAGGAUGUGGAGAGACAGCCUCCCCCUGACCCAGCAGCGCUGGUCCCCCGACCCCCUGUGGUCACUAUCAUGGGCCACGUCGAUCACGGCAAGACCACUCUUCUGGACAGCCUGAGGAAGAGCCAGGUGGCAGCCAUGGAGGCGGGGGGCAUAACCCAGCACAUUGGGGCCUUCCUGGUUCAGCUGCCCUCAGGGGAGAGAAUCACUUUUCUGGAUACCCCAGGACACGCCGCCUUCUCCGCCAUGAGGGCCAGGGGCACCCUGGUCACAGACAUCGUCAUCCUGGUGGUGGCUGCAGAUGAUGGGGUGAUGAAGCAGACUAUAGAGUCCAUACAGCAUGCCAAGAAAGCCAAAGUGCCAAUCAUUGUGGCAGUGAACAAGUGUGACAAGCAUGAGGCAGACCCAUCCCGGGUGAAGCAGGAGCUGCUGGCCCAUGAUGUGGUGUGUGAGGAGUUUGGCGGGGACGUGCAGGCCAUCCAUGUGUCUGCACUGAAGGGGGACAAUCUGCUGGAGCUGGCAGAGGCCACUGUGACACUGGCUGAGGUGCUGGAACUGAAGGCCGACCCCACAGGCCAGGUGGAGGGCACUAUCAUUGAGAGCCGCACUGACAAGGGCAAAGGCCCUGUCUCCACAGCGAUAAUCAAGCGUGGAACCCUGAGGAAGGGCUGCACGCUGGUGGCGGGGAAGUCUUGGGCCAAAGUGCGCUUCAUGUUCAAUGAGAACAACCAGGCAGUGAGCGAGGCCGGGCCCAGCACUGCUGUUGAGAUUGUGGGCUGGAAGGAACUGCCCUCUGCCGGGGAGGAGAUCCUGGAGGUGGCGUCUGAGCAAAGAGCACGAGAGGUGGUGGAUUGGCGCUGUUACGUGGAGGAGCAGGACAAACUGAAGGAGGACAUGAAGGCUAUUGAGGCCAAGCAGCAUGAGCACCAGGAGAGCUACAAGAAGGAGCGUGAAAGCAUGGCCCACCUUUCCUGGAAGCAGAGGAAGUCUGCCAUGUACCGGGCCAACAAGCAGCGCAUGGCCUUCAGGCCCAGUGAGAGGGUGGAGAGCCAGGAGCUGACCUUGCCACUCAUUGUCAAAGGGGAUGUGGAUGGCUCGGUGGAGGCCAUCUUGAACAUUCUGGACAGCUAUGAUGCAGAUGAGCAGUGUCAGCUGAACGUGGUGCACUUCGGAGUUGGGGACAUCACUGAAAAUGACCUCAAGCUGGCUGAAACGUUCUCAGGCACCAUAUAUGGCUUUAAUGUAGCAGCCAGCAAAUCUGUGCAGCAGACUGCAGCCAAGACAGGGAUUCCUCUGAAGCUGCACCGGGUCAUCUACAAGCUCAUCGAUGACCUCAAAGAUGAGUUGAGCAGCAAACUGCCGCCAACCCUGGAGGAGAACGUGAUUGGUGAGGCCUCAGUCCUAGCCACUUUUGAUGUGACUGUGGGGAAGAAGAAAGUGCCUGUGGCUGGCUGCAGGGUACAAAAGGGACAGCUUGACAGAAGGAUGAAGUUCAGGGUCAUCCGUGGCCGAGAUGUCCUCUGGGAAGGCCACUUGACAACACUGAAGCACCACAAGGAUGAUGUGCAGACAGUAAAGACGGGGAUGGAGUGUGGGCUGUCCUUGGAUCGAGAUGUAGACUUCAGGCCUGGGGAUGAGAUUGUGUGCUACGAGGAGGCUGAGAAGCAGCAGAAAAUCUCCUGGGAUCCUGGAUUCUAGCACUGUCGCUAAACUGAAUAUCCCUCCAACAAUAUGCUCAGCAGGAAAAUUUCAGCAGAAGAUGGUGUAAAAUACCAGCAUGUGUUUUUUUUAUAUGGCUUCAGCAGGCAAUCAUUUGAAUGU